AUGAACAACAGAUCCGUAAUUGUCACCGGCGGGAGCAAGGGUCUCGGGCGUGGCAUCGCCCAGGUAUUUGCCCGCGAAGGAGCCAAAGUCCUGAUCGUCGCAAGAGGUGAAGACGCCGGCAACGAGACCGUCCAGGAAAUUAGAGACUCGGGCGGUACGGCAUCUUUCUUCCGGGCCGACGUAGCAAACAGCGUCGAAGUCAAAGGAAUGGCUCAGGCGGCGAUUGAGCGUUAUGGCGGGAUCGACGUGCUGUGCUGCAAUGCCGGCAUCUUCCCGUCGGCGCCCUUGGAGGAGAUGUCGGAAGCAGAGUGGGACCUGGUCAACUCAGUCAAUCUCAAGGGGGCAUUCCUAUGUGUGCAGGCGUGUCUUCCUGAAAUCAAGAAGAGCGACCAGGGACGAGUUCUUCUGAUGUCUUCAAUAACCGGUCCUAUAACCGGGUACACCGGGUGGUCUCACUACGGCGCGACAAAGGCAGGAAUGCUCGGUUUCAUGCGCACUGCGGCGGUGGAACUCGCCAGAAGUAACAUCACGAUCAACGCCGUGAUGCCCGGUAACGUGAUGUCCGAGGGGCUAGACGAACUCGGAGAAGAAUACCUGAGCAGAAUGGAGCAGGCCAUCCCUCUAGGCAAACUCGGGGACCCUGAGGACGUAGCCUACGCGAUGCUGUUCCUGGCUUCGCACGAGGCCAAGUACAUUACCGGUCAAACGCUUGUCGUAGACGGCGGACAGACGAUUCCAGAAUCGAUUGAUGCAAUGUAG